AGGGAAGGAGAGCAAGACAGUGAGAGAGAGAGAGAGAGAGAACGAGAGAGAGAGAGGACGGGGACAGGCAGAGAACCAGAGUCAGUGUUAUAGAGAAGGAAGAACACGAAACACUCAACAAGAUAACAGGAGAUACGCAUGGGAACAGCAGCUCACUGGAACAGCAGAAGCAGAGAUAUAGAGACAGAGUAAGGGAGCCAGUGUGCGAGGCAAACGUGUCAGAGCUUGAGGGUCUGUGUGUGUGUGUGUGUGUGUGUGUGUGAGAUAGAGCUCAGUGUGUUUCCACGGUUCUCCCGAGGCCGUGGCAGCCAUGGCGUCAGAGCCUAGCACCCAGUCCAGGGUGAUGUUCCAGGCAGCGGACAAAACGGAGGAGCCGGCACACCGCAAGCUGGGCAAGCUGACAGUCAAAUACAACCGGAAGGACCUGCAGAGGAGGCUGGAUAUCGAGGAGUGGAUCGAUGGGCAGCUGCACCUCCUGUUUGAUUGUGAGGAGGAAGAGAUCCCAGAGUUAGAGAUUGAUAUAGACGAGCUCCUGGAGCUGACAGAUGAGGGGCAGAGAACCCGACUGCAGGAGCUGUUGCAGGAAUGCGGGAAGCCAAAAGAGGAUUUUAUCAACGGGCUGCUCUACAGGAUAAAGGGUCUACGCAAAAUGUCAGGUCCCUUGAAGAAAUAAUUAUAGGUCAAAUAAAGAAUUGAGACAAUGUGGAGCCUCUUAUCUUCCCAUCUUCCACACAUUAACUAUUUGGAUGCCUGUAUAUGCUUUUCGUGGGUCAGCGGGACUCUUCUUCCUGGGCCAGCGUCAGUCUAACACCGGAGCAGUUGGGUUUUGAAUGGAUUUUCAUUUUUAUUAUUUCACUUUAAUUUAUGGACUGCUAUAACAUUUCCCCAUAAAUGUACCAAUAAUGCACAUGAGAUAAAAGCUGUACUUACUAUUACUCAGAUGGACUUUUUUUUUUUUUUGUGGAAGACUGUACAUUUUCAGUUGCUUAUUUAUGUACAUAAAUAUUUUUUGUUCUGAUAACAGUGUUGUAUGUCAAAAUAAAAUGGAACAUUUUCAAGACAAA